UGGUCAAGUUCGUGAAAUGCGCUAUUUACUGUAUCAUCUUGUUAACUCGCAGAACGCACCCACUACACAACCUGAGACCGAGCGAUAAAAACACAUAUUUUUAAAAAAUGAGUCUUUCCAGUAGACUUUCGAGUCUUCAAUUGAAUGGAAAUGAUGAUUUAAAGCCGUCUUAUAACUCGAUGAAUGCAAAUCCGAACGAAAAACCGAACUCUUCAGGAACUAUAGGACCAUCUGCUUCACAAUCGUCUAGUACAAUCGCCGACUUCGGCACAAACGGUUUGUUUUCUUCCUCUAUCCACAGUGCCAACGAUUCCCAUGCGCCUCACCGAAAUGGCAGUACUGUUGAUGUAAAUAGUCAUAAGAACAAACUUUUAGGAGUGAUUACUGGAAAGUCUGGUUCGACUUCACCUUCUUUCUCUGAUGCCACUGAAACAAAAGAUUUGAAACUUUCCGAAAAUACAGAUUCAUCCGGUCCAUUGGACGAGUCCGCGAAAGCAUAUUCUCUCGAAUCCCUUUUACCCAUAAUUCGCAUGGAAGAUACCGAUUUGUGCAUGUUGCAGUUAGGUUGUGAUUUGUCUGCAUUAGGUUUUGACUUGGCACCAGUAGAGGAGGAUCGAUUAAUUUCUACAAAUAUGUCGUCUCCAUGGGCUGAGCUAAAUACUAAGAAACCAAUUUCCGAACCUCCAUUUAAGCUUCCUGAAUGCUACAAGAGUGUUGAUCCUCCUUCUCAACUCUCAAAAAUCAUUCAAUUUUCUGACGAAACCCUGUUUUAUAUUUUUUAUACAAAACCUCAAGACAUUUUACAAGAGGCAGCUGCUCAAGAACUUACAAACCGUAACUGGCGCUUUCACAAAGAAUUCAGAGUGUGGUUAACACCAGUACCUGGCACGAAGCCACUUCAACGCACGCCUCAAUUUGAACGUGGUUACUACAUGAUUUUUGAUCCUGUUCACUGGAAAAGAAUCAGAAAAGACUUCUUGCUUAUGUAUGCUGCUCUGGAAGAUCGUACUCAAAAUGCUAUUCCGACAUGAAGAGGAAAGUGUAAGUCUCGUAUACUUUCCACUUGUACAAAAGGAUUAAUCUGGGUUUGGUAAUCAUUAUGAUGGAUGAUUAGUUUUAAUUUCGCAUCUGAAGUAUUCAUGAAAAAAAUUUUGAUGUCCUAUACAGAGUAAUUAAAAAUUAAUAGUUUCAACGAUACAUCAACAGUUUGACUAUGUAUUCUGUAUUUUUAAAGAUUCUUAGCAGAGACAACG